AUGGUGUCUGUUAUAUUUGAUUCAGAUGGGAGGGUGCCAGGAGAGCCGCAGCGCUCCAGCAGCGGUCCCGGUCCCGGUCCCGGUCCCGGCCCCGGCCUGCAGCAGCAGUCCCUCCGGCAGCCAGCCAGCAAGCCAGCCAGCCAGCCAGCCAGCCAGCCAGCCAGUCCUCCUCCUGUGGCAGCAGCAGCUGCGGCGUUCCUGCCGUCGCCGUCGCCGUCGCCGUCGCCGUCGCCGUCCGACCCUGGUCUUCAGACAUUCCGCGCCGCUGUUAUCUUUUGUGGGACGCGCGCGCUCGCGCAGGUACUUCUCGCCCUCCAGUUGGGCGCGGGAUGCAAUCAGGCGCACAGUGCCAGGUGCGGGGGCGACAUGCGCGCCUGCCUAAUUGCAGAUUGCUGCGCGCUGUCCGAACGACCCGUGCUUAGCUGGCGUUAA